AUGCGUCUGCAUCAGCACCGUAAGUGGCCACUAAAGAUGAUACAGUUUUACUGCACAGUGCUUCUGCUACUACUCUCGACGGUGCUAUGUGCAGACUGGAGUGCCAGCUGCCCGACCAACUGCAGCUGCAAGUGGUCGAACGGGAAGAAGUCGGCCAUUUGCAACGGGGUGGGCCUGACGGCGGUCCCGUCGAACCUGUCCACCGAGAUCCAGGUGCUGGUGCUGAACGACAACAACAUACCGCACCUCAACCGGGAAGAGUUCACCUCGCUCGGCCUGGUCAACCUGCAAAAGAUCCACCUGAAGCACUCGCACGUACGCUAUCUGCACCAGGAGGCGUUCAAGAACCUGAAGAUUCUGAUCGAGGUCGACCUGAGCGAGAACGAGAUCGAAACGCUCGACAAGCAGACGUUCGCCGGCAACAACCGGCUGCGCAUCAUCAACCUGUACGAUAAUCCGAUCAAAAUGCUGGUGGCGGAGCAGUUCCCGGUACUGCCGUACCUACGCAACAUCGACCUGCACGGCUGCCAGCUGCGGUACGUGGCGGAGACGGCGUUCUCCAACCUUGACCUGCUGGAGUUCCUCGAUCUGUCGCGCAACCGGCUGGAGAUGCUACCCCACCAUGUAUUCAACCACAUGAAGAACCUGAAAACACUGAUACUGGAGGAGAACUGGUGGCACUGCGACUGCCACCUGCGCGACUUCCGCAACUGGUACUUGAACAGCUCGCUGAACCGGCGAAGUCUGGUCUGCCAGCGGCCGUACGCGCUCAAGGGCCUCUCGUGGGAGUACCUGGAGACGGACCAGUUCGGCUGCCUGCCGACGGUGGAGAUCUUCCGCGACGAGUACGAGAUCGAGGACCUCGGUACCAACAUCACCUACAAGUGCAUGGUAGCGGGCGACCCGGAGCCGACGGUCCGCUGGGACGUGAACGGGAAGGACGUCGACGCGGACAACGCCAUCAUCGAGACGGAGCGGCACGUGGCGUUCGACGGCACGCUGACGAUCUGGAGCAACCUCACCAUCCUGAACGUGACGAACAACGACUCGGGCUUCUACACCUGCACGGCGGCCAACCGCAUCGGGCUGGCGAGCAAGAACUUCAGCCUAGUCCUGCCGGAGGUCGUCGAGCGGGUGAUCAUCAAGACGCCGGAGACGUUCUGGUACUUCGGGCUGAUACUCGGCAUCUUCGGCACCAUCUUCGGGCUGCUGGCCCUCUCGGUGGUGGUGUGCCUGGUGAAGCGCAAGCUGCGAAUGCGCCGCCGCCGGAAGACGAUCAAGAACAGCGUCAGCUUUAACGACCAGGAGAAGAAGCUGCUCGACCUCAGCAUCACCACCAACGAGCGGCAGGAGUUUAGCGCGAGCGACGUCGUCACACCCUCGACCAAAACGGACUCCACCAUCGCGAUGGAGCCGGUGCAGAUCACGAUCGAGUCGAUCGCCACGUCCAAGCGCGAGGAGUACCCCCUGAACGUGGGCGUCUUUCCCCCGCCGCCCGAGUUUUGCUCGCAGAUGAUCGGCAACCCGACGAUCAGCAACAUCUACAUCUCGGUGUCGGUGACGCAGGACCCGCUCGAGAGCGCCGAGGUCAACAUGUACCCGGACCUGCUCAACAUCCCCAACCGGCACCAGAAGGGACCGCCGAAGAUCUCGCCCAUCAGCGUCGCAUCGUACGCCACUCUGCCCCGGAAGUCGCUCCGGGAGUGCUCCAUCACCUCCGGCCACAGCUCCGGCUCCAGCUCGGGCAGCUCCGGGCCGCAGGUGAUUCCGGUAGGCGCCGUCCCCGGGCUGACCAUUGCCAAGGGGGCCGUGGUUCCCGUCGGAGUGUCCACGCAGCCAACCGAAAUACCGCUGACCGAGGGCAUUGUCAAUUACGCGACCGUCGGCUCCCUGCGCGACGACUCCGGGAGCGAGCUGUCCGGGUCGCCGGUGCCGAGCAGUAUGUGUGCCGAGUGCAGCAAGGUCAUGAAAACAUCCACGUCCACGUUCGGCGGCGGAGGCUCGAGCGCCCUGUACGCCGCCCGCACGCAUGCGGCCGACUCGCUCACGGCGGCCAUGACACUGGCCGGCAGUGCGUUCAAGUGCGAGAAGACGCUGGCCUGCCUGAAGUACGACAAUAUGGGUCGGCGGUACACGGCCAGCGGCAACUCGACGCUGUCCCUGCCGGACGAGGGCAAGCCGGCGACCGGCGCUGGCAAGCAGCUGCAGGAUAUCAACACCAUCGUCGAGCAGGACGACCCGACGCCGACGGAGCCGCCGAACGGUGGCAUCACGAGCCACACCACUACCGCAACCACUACUACCGCCACCACCACGAUGAUGCUGGACGAAGUCAGCCGGCUCGAGGUGCAGAUGGAGGUGCCAACGGUGGCCACGGUGGCGUCCAGUGUCGACGCACACGACAAAUCGGCCGCCGCCCAGCGCGGUCUCUUCGUCGUCGGCAACGAUUUCGUUUCGCUGUAG